GGGAUUCUUUCUAUGCGCACCCAUAAAAAUUCUCAGAAUCCUUGACUCACGGGUGUUGGGAUGUUAGUGCUUCAGUGAGAAAUAUGUGUCAUCUGGUCCCACCUGUUUUCUACCUCUUUUGUCCUAUUGUAUUCUCCUUCAAGUCCACUAACCCUAGAAGUUGCAUUCACAUCCGGUGGGGUUUAAUAAGGGCAGUAGCAGUGCCGAAAAAAAUUGGUGUGAGUUUGAGAGAAACAUUGCAUCGCAUCGCUCCUGCUUUAAAAGCUUUUAAAAUUUCUUUAGUUUUAUCAAAAUCCGAAUCAGUCUAAGUUAUAUUUUCCACAUGGCUUCUCCCUCCUCAUCUCGCGAACGUUCUUUCAGUGAUUUUCAGAGGGAAACGCCCGCUGCAUCCAGAAAAAUAUAUGAUGCAUUCCUCAACCACCGAGGCCCUGACGUCAAAGAAACUCUGGCUUUUGCACUUUACGAUUCGCUGGAGGAAGAGGGAUUUAAGACAUUUCUUGAUGACAUGGAAAUAGAAUUGGGAGAUCCAAUUCCCUCUGCCAUACAAGAUGCCAUAUAUUCUUCUAAAGUGCAGAUCGCAAUCUUCUCGCCACGAUAUGCGGAGUCCUCGUGGUGUCUAGAUGAGCUGGUUCUCAUGUUGGAAACCAAGGCUCGCUUUAUUCCCAUAUUUUGUGAUGUGAAGCCUUUUGAACUCCGCUACCCUGACAAGGGAGUUUAUGCAGCUGCAUUCGCCAAACAUGAAGAAAAGGGCAGAUUCAGCGAGGAGAGGCGUGACCAGUGGAAAGAAGCGCUCCACUCUUCUUCACUCAUCUCUGGCUACGAAUUCACCACAUCUAAGGGCGAGCAGAGCCUUGACCAGUGCAAAGCAGCCCUCCACUCUUCUCCACCCAUCUCUGGUGGCGAAAUCAGCACAUCUAAUGAAAUUGUCAAUAAUAUCGAGAGCCUGCGUACAAGGAUUGCCUUGGCUGUGCAACAAGAGGUUGGGAAGAAAAAUGUCUUCCCAAGGCAUGGGCAAGUUGGUCUUCAUGCAGAUACAGCAGCGUCAACGAGUACAUUAGCACAUGUGAAGAGAUCUAGUCUUCUGCCCAGAGAUUCACAUGCAGUGGGCAUAGAUUCCAAGGUUGAAGACAUAAAAAGGUUGCUAGAAAACCCACAAGUUCAAGUCAUAGUCGUCGUUGGUAUGGGCGGCUUGGGGAAGACAUUUCUUCUCCAAAAUGUCUACAAAGCCCUGAAAUCUGAGUAUGAUCAUUCCAUCUGGCUCUCGAUUUCUAAAACUUAUUCUGUAAAGGAUUUGCAACAUGAUAUAGCCUCCGACAUCAGUUUAACAAAGGAAAUUGUGGAAGCUAAAGUAACUGAAGAGAAAGCAGCUGAAUUGAUUCAUGACCGUCUCCAAGGGAAAAGGUCUCUUAUUGUGCUGGAUGAUCUGUGGGAGCUGUCCAGAGAAGGUAUUCUCUUCGAUAAACUUGGUCUGCCAAAUGAAGAUUGUAAAAUUGUAGUUACUACAAGAAAUAGGCAGGUUGCUUUAAAUUCAAAUGCUGAAAUUUACGAGAUGGAGCAUUUGUCAGAUGAGUAUAGUUGGGGGCUGUUUUGUUUCUAUGCAUUUCCGAAAGGAAAUAUAGCGCCACAGCAUAUUGAAGAGGAGGGUCGGAAGAUUGUGAAGCAAUGUGGGAAUUUACCUCUUGCUAUCAAAACGAUAGCAGCCUCUCUGGCCAACACCACGCUAAGCAAAUGGGAGUUAAAGCGCCGUCAGCUGGAAAGAGUAUGUACUUCCAUUGGUAACCCUGACCCUGUCAUGGAGAUAUUAAAAUUGAGUUAUGACUCUUUGCCUGCGCACCUUAAAAAGUGUUUUGCAUAUCUUUCCUUCUUUCCCGAAGACGAAAAGAUAAAACCAGAGUAUUUGAUAAAUUUGUGGAUAGGAGAGGGAUUUAUCCCAGCAGGAGAGGAUCAGUGGGAUAUUGCCUGGGAUUGGUUUGAUCAACUUGCCCAGCUGUGUUUGCUUCAAAUUUGUGAGGAAUAUUAUCACGAUGAUUUUAUGAUAAACACAUACUGUAAAAUUCAUGAUCUGUUGCAUGAUUUGGCCAUACAAAUAGCAAAAGAAGAUAAAUGUGUUUUUUCUGCUGAAGAAGUCUCUAUGCCUACAAGUGGUGCCACUGGCUGGGGUCGGAUUUUACUGGCCAAGAAAGGUCUGCAUGGUUUGGCCAUCUCAGACAGUCGUCCUGUUUAUAUCCGUACACUCUCACUGUCUCACAAUCCGAAGAUUAGAAGAAUUCCGGAAAGCCUGUUUAUCAGAAUGAGAGGAAUUCGCGUUCUGGAUUUGAGGUGCACAAUGAUCUCUAGAUUGCCCGCGUCCCUUGGAAAGAUUGUUCUUCUUAGAGUCCUCAAUUUAGAUAAGACAGAGAUUAAGGAGGUACCGGAGUGUGUGAGGCAUCUGAAAAGUCUCUUGUUUCUCGCUCUCCCUAGUUCUUGCGACUCAUUACCAUCAUGGAUAGGUGAGCUUACCUGUCUUCAGAAUUUAGAAUGGUGUCGUGGUGGUCGCAUGCCAAAGGGAAUAACAAAGCUGGCCUCUUUGAGAACUCUAACCAGUGGAUUCAUGAGUUUCUCCGCAAAAGAGGACGAUUUCGUGAGGUUAGAGGAUAUGGUCAAUAUGGCUCAGCUUGAGGAAAUGCAUUUUAGUCUUGAGCAGGAGAUGGACUGUGAUAGGAUGGAAGAAGGGAUCCUUGCGCAGCUGGUGAAUAUGCGUCGUCUGGAAAUCGAAUCGUAUAAGGAAACACGGUUUCUGCAAUUUUCUAAGGAAAUGAGAGCAAUGAAACAUCUGGAAAAACUUUCAUUAAGUGGGUUUAACGUGCCAAGUUGGAUACAUAAAUUGGAAAAUCUGAGGGAAUUACAUUUAAAUUUUUUUGAGUGUAGUGAUUUUCCGGAAUUUCAAGAAAUGCCCAAUCUGGUGGUGUUGAUUAUGGGGUAUAAUGAGAGUUGCAGAGAAUUGCCAAAGGCCUUUGGAAAGUCAGGAGGCUUUCCACAACUGCGAAUCUUGCAUCUUGAUGGCCUCGUUUCUUUAGAGGAGAUACCUGAAUUGGAAGAUGGGGCGAUGCCAUGCCUUCAAGAAUUCAGAAUAUAUCAAUGUGGAGGGAUCAACGAUAGUCCGAAAUUGAAGAAAGUGGAGGGAUUGGAGCGAUUGAAAAGGCUAAAGAUUUUCUAUUGCAGGAAGUCAACACUCCAUGAAUCGUGGGAGUCUUUAGAGGAAGGGGGAGAAUAUUGGAAUAAAAUCAAAGUCAUAAAUCCUCGUGUACAUAUUGAAUUUUCUGAUUGUAAAAUAGGAAAAGGAGGUCAAAAUAGUGGACAGGUUUGUUUCGACACACCUAUUAGAUUUAGAAUUUUCGGGAAAAGGUGGUCAAAAUGGUGGACAGGUUUUUUUCAACCCAAAGAGUAGAUUUGGAAAGGUUGAAAGUGAGCUUAGUAAGGUUGAGAAAGGAUUGUAUAGGAAGUAAUAGCUCUUAGUUAACAAUAUUCAAACUUAAAAUUAAGUGAUUGAAGAAAAUAGAAUAUUAUUAAUUUUUUUAUUGGAUAAAAAAAUGUUUAUAGCAUGUGAUAAUAGAAAUA